AUGGAUAGUGGUUUGGUGAUGGUGAAAGGAGGGUCGGUGAUGGUAGUUGUCAGGGAUGUUACAACGUGGUUCGUGACAGAUACGAAGUUAGGGGGUACAAACUUUGUCGGGGAUGAAGUUCACGAGGUACAAAGCUCGGGGCUUUGGGUUGAACGAAGUUCUGCGUUGGCAAAGUUAGGGAAGGACGAAGUACUUAAGGGCCAAAGUUCCCAGGGAUCGUUGACGAUCUCUGGUUGCUGUCUUAGUGAUAGAAGAGAUCUGGCAAUGGCCAAACAACCAUUGCCUGAAGCGAUGGCAAUGAAAAUCGGUGUACGGCAACUAGUCUCUUUGUUCAUAGAAGGAAAGAUUUCAAAUUGUUGA